AUGGUCUGUCAGUUAGAACAUUGCCCAUGGAAGGUGCAUGUGGACGGUGCUUCCAGCGCCAAAGGGGCCGGAGCCGGGAUCAUCAUAAUUACCCCGGAGAGUAUUCUCUUGGAGCAUUUGUUUAGAUUGGGGUUUAACGCCUCCAACAACGAGGCAGAGUAUAAAGCUUUGCUUGCCGGAUUGAGGACAGUCUCAAGGUUAGAAGCUCGGGAUGUGGAAAUUUAUUUGGAUUCACGACUCGUAGUCAACCAGGUGCAGGGGAGUUUUGAGGCUCGAGAUCCUCGGAUGAAAGCGUACUUAGAAUUGAACAGACAUGCCGACUCCCUCGCCACACUGGCAUCGUCAAUUGCCGAGGAAAUUCCCCGACUAAUCAGAGUGGAACUUGUCCUUAAGCCUAGCAUUAAGGUGGCGGGAGAUGAGGGGGCUGCAAAGGUCGAAGUCACAACAGUCACAACACUUGGACCGAGCUGGAUGAAUCCCAUCAUUGACUUCUUAGCCGACGACCGAAUCCCGGACGAUGAGAAGGAAGCCAACAAGAUCCGCAGGGUAGCCGCCCAGUAUUGGUUGUCCAAAGACCGGAAGCUCUAUUGCAGGUCAUUUAGGGGACCGUAUCUUUUGUGCUUACACCCAGAGAAAGUAGGCCAACUCUUGGCCGAGCUGCAUGAAGGGGUAUGCGGCAGUCAUGUAGGAGGACGAUCAUUGGCGCACCGGGCAAUGACUCAGGGAUUCUGGUGGCCCCAAAUGCAGAAGGACAUCGCAGAAUACGUUCGAAAGUGUGACCAAUGUCAGAAGCAUAUCCCUCUGAUUCACCAGCCUACCGGCCAUUUGAACCCGAUUAGUAGUCCUUGGCCCUUCGCACAAUGGGGGCUGGGUAUACUCGGAUCAUUUCCCCGAGCAACGGGAAAUCGAAGAUUCGUUUUGGUAGCCGUGGAUUACUUCACCAAAUGGGCGGAGGCAGAGGCUCUGGCUAACAUCCGGGACGUAGAUGUGAAGAAAUUCGUAUGGAAGAAUAUAAUCACCUGGUUUGGGGUUCCGGACUCCCUUAUAUUAGAUAAUGGAUUGCAGUUCGACAGCCAAGCUUUCCGUGAAUUUUGCAGCAAACUCGGUAUCAGGAACAUAUAUUCCUCUCCAGCAUAUCCCCAAGGUAAUGGCCAGGCUAAGGCCGUGAAUAAGGUAAUCGUGAACAGCUUGAAGAGAAGACUGAAAGGUGCAAAGGGUAACUAG